UGUCUUUUACUUCUUUCUCUUGUCUGAUUGCUGCAGCUAGAACUUCUAGUAUUAUAUUGAAUAACAGUAGUGUAAGUGGUCAUCCUUGUCAUAUUCCAGUCUUAGUUCUGUUUUUUCUUCAUUUCUCCCCUACUGGUGCUUCAGAACACUUCACAUUUCUGUGUUGGAAUUCCUCAAGCAUGUCUUUCUGUCCCUUCUAGAUUGUAAAACUAUUUGAAGGAAGGAUUUUUAUCUUACUGGUAGACUGGGGAGAUAUUGUUCACUGUAUCUCACAGUGUUUUCUUUAUAAAGACUUAUGGGGGAAAUUUCUCACAGGUCAAGGCUUGCUUUUAUUUUAGGGACACAGUUUAAUGUAUGCCAGAUUGUAUUCCCCCACUUUGCAUUGGCUGCUUGGAAGCUCAGAGCCACAAUUGUAUCACAGUUCUAAGCAGUGCCUUCUCAAAAUCUCCACUUAUAUACCUAAUAGUCUUUGCAUGAGUUUCCUAUUGCUGCUAUACCAAAUUACCACAAACUUAGUGGCUUAAAACAAUGUAAACCUAUUAUCUUACAGUUUGGGGAAUCAGAAGCCCAAAAUUAGUUUCACUGGGCUAAAACCAAGGUGUUGGCAGGACUAUGUUCCUUCUGGAGGCUCUAGAGGAUAAUCUAUUUCCUUAUCUUUUCCAGCUUCUAGAGACUUCUUGCAUUCCAUGUCUUCUGGCCCCUUCUUCCAUCUUCAAAGCCAGGAGUGUAGCAUCUUCUCUCCCCUCUGACUUCUGCAUCUGUCCUUACAUCUUCUUGCUCUGACUUUGAUCCUCCUGCCUCCCUCUUAUUUUUGUGAUUGCACUGGGCUCACCAGAUAACCCAGGAUAAUCUCCCCAUCUCAAGAUCCUUAACUGAAUCACAUCUGAAAAGUCUAUUUUUCCCAUAUGAGGUAAUACACUCACAGGUUCUGGGGAUUCGGAAAUGGGCCUCUUUUACUGGGGGUCCUUAUUCAGCCUACCACAUUAUUUUCAAUGUUAACUGUAUGAAAUGGAAAUUUUUGAGUCUCCUAACUAAAUUGUACCUCUGCCUACCCUUCCACCUCCCUCACCUUCCGUAUCUCAGUAAAUGGCCCUGCCACCUAAUAAUUGUUCCCAUCAGACACACGGUUCUCUGCUCUCCCUCACCCCCACAUCCAGUCCCUCAUGUUGUUCUGUCAUAUCGACUUCUAAGGUGUAUCUAGAACCUAUACACUUCAUUUUUUGCUACUGCCACUACCCUAGGCUAAGCCAUCACCAGCUCUUGCCUGAACUGCUAUCAUAGCCUCUAAUUUGUCCUUUACUUCAGCUCUUGCCCUUUCCUACUCUAUUCUCCACAAAUCAAUUAGAUUUUUUGUAAACACAAAGCAAAUCAUGCUGUUUUCCUACUUAAUACUCUCCAACUGUUUCCUAUCUCAUGUUGAAGAGAAUCCAAAAUCUUCAUCAUGACUUCUAAGGCCCCGUGAUCUGACCUGGCCCUCUCUUAAAGAACAUCUCAUUCUACUCUCUUUACCACCACAUUCUGGUCACACUGGCCUCCCUGGAGACUUCUACCUGGCUCAAGCCAUGCUUCUCACAUGCAAUUCUUCAGCUUGGCACUCUGCCAACUCUUCCCGAACUACAUCCUUGCUGAGCUUUUGGUCUCAUCUGAAAUUUCUCCUCCUCAGAGAAGCUGUUCUACACAGCUUCCCUAACUGGAGUUCCCUACCCUGCUGGGCACAAAUUUUUCUCGACCACUUCACCCUUUUAUGUAGUCUUCAUAGACUUAUCACUACUGAUAAUUACUUAGUUGUUGUUUACUUUAUAUCAUUUAUUUUCUCCAUCAGAUGGUUAAUUCUGUAAAGGUGCAGGCCGUUUCUGUUUGUUCCUUGCUGUAUGUGAUGCUUCAUAGGUAUGUAGCACUAGGAGGCCCUGAAUACAUUUUCUGUCAUCCUUACCCUGACUUUAUCUUACCUUUUUGGGUUCGUUUUCCUUUUGUUCUUGUUUUCUUACUUUGUAUUGAAAUGAGAAAAACUCGCAAUCCCCAGGCUGUACUCAAGGCUGGGGACUAGAGGAGGUAGAGCUUUCUCUGCUCUUGUCCCUUCCACCCACUGCCCACUCACUCGCCAUUAGUACUGUGUGUUGAGGGCAAAAGAAAAGCUUUCUACUACUGUUUCUUCCCAGGGAAUAUGGGAUUCAUCCUGGAAUGCCAAAAUAAGGAUGAAUUGUCAAAAGAGAAAACAAUAAUGCCUUUUUGGACCAAAGAUAGAAAUUGCUCUGCAUAAUAAUGUAAAAAGCUUAUUUUCACUGACUGGGGGCAGAGUGUUCCUUAGAGAGAUUAAUAUGAUACUAGCUGCUUUUUUUUCUCUCCCUCUGGCAAAGGCUAGAGAUAAACAAAAAACUGGGGUUCUAGACUCUAGGGAGGAGGGACAGCAUUCAAAGCUCCAUUUGUAGGAGGUGAGCAGGGCCCUUGAGAUGAGUGGGGUGUGAGCAAGUCUGGGACAUUCAGGAGAGAGAUGAUGAGUAGGGGACACCCUGGGAGAAAGAAGUCCUGAGCUCUUUUCUUUUCUCCCCAGCCCUGACCCUUGAGCAGUGGCACACAGAGUGUCUUCCUUUAUUCUCUGGUGCAGUAGUCAUGUUUCUUGGCACAGUGCCUUGGACCUUCCAUAUAUGCUUCUCUCCAGAGCCUUCGUCUAAGACGCUGGAGAGUAGCUUAUAGCCUGGGUUGGCAUCAAGUUUGUCGAUUCUCCCCAGGACCCUUUUCUUUAUAGGUGCCACAUGUCAUGAUUUAUGCACAAACAUGAUUUGCCUGACAGUGCAGUCUGGGCCUGGAAUAAUUUUAAUUAAUGGGAAAAUGGUCCUCAAUACACCGAUUAGACCUCUUCAGGUACAACAAGAUAAAAGCCUGAUAAUUUGGAUGGAGUACUCUUCUUAAAUGUCUACUCUGUGCACGGCAGCCAAUGGGAAAGCCAGGCUCUCUCCCACCUGAUCCAAUGAGUAAUUAAGAGAGGGCUUUUUCUUCCCUACCUCUCCCCUCCCUCCACCCCGCUCCCCAACUAAAGCUUAACAGGUUGGUGGUAUAAUGUGGAGACUUUUAAGGGGUGCCAUCCUAGGAGCUUAGGCAGGAGCCAGGGUGUCUUCUCUGCACUCCUCCAAGCCCUGUUCAAGUGGGUUUGAAAAGCAGGCAAGUGAGGGAAGGAAGAAGCUAGAAGCAGGCAAGGUAGGUAACAGCUCUCGGCAAAGUUCGAGAAGUGCCUAUGGCCAUGAGUGAGCUGGGCACUCGGAAGCCCAGCGAUGGCACUGUUUCUCAUCUGCUCAAUGUGGUGGAGAGCGAGCUUCAGGCAGGGAGGGAAAAAGGCGACCCUACGGAGAAGCAACUUCAGAUCAUCCUGGAGGAUGCACCUCUCUGGCAGAGAUUCAAGGAAGUCACUAAUGAGAUGAUUGUGACCAAGAAUGGCAGACGGAUGUUUCCAGUCCUAAAGAUUAGUGUCACAGGGUUGGACCCCAAUGCCAUGUACUCCCUCCUGCUGGACUUUGUCCCUACGGACAGUCACCGCUGGAAGUAUGUCAAUGGGGAAUGGGUGCCCGCUGGCAAGCCAGAGGUCUCCAGCCACAGCUGCGUCUACAUUCACCCGGACUCCCCCAACUUUGGGGCCCACUGGAUGAAAGCUCCCAUCUCCUUCAGCAAAGUGAAGCUGACCAACAAGCUCAAUGGAGGCGGGCAGAUAAUGUUGAAUUCUCUGCAUAAGUAUGAACCCCAGGUUCACAUAGUGCGUGUUGGAAGUGCCCAUCGAAUGGUAACGAACUGCUCCUUCCCUGAAACCCAGUUCAUAGCCGUGACUGCCUAUCAGAAUGAGGAGAUAACAGCUCUCAAAAUCAAGUACAAUCCUUUUGCCAAAGCCUUCUUGGAUGCCAAGGAAAGAAAUCACCUAAGAGACGUACCGGAGGCUCUCUCUGAAAGCCAGCAUGUGACCUGUUCUCACUUGGGAGGCUGGAUCUUUUCCAAUCCGGAAGGAGUGUGCACAGCAGGAAACUCCAAUUACCAGUAUGCCGCUCCUCUGCCUCUGCCUGCUCCCCACACCCACCAUGGCUGUGAGCACUAUUCGGGCCUCCGAGGACACCGGCAGGCUCCCUACCCUUCUGCAUACAUGCAUAGAAACCAUUCUCCCUCAGUGAAUUUGAUAGAAAGCUCAAGCAAUAAUCUGCAAGUUUUCUCGGGACCUGACAGCUGGACAUCCUUAUCCUCCACACCUCAUGCCAGCAUCCUGUCUGUACCCCACACCAACGGACCAAUCAAUCCAGGUCCCAGCCCCUAUCCGUGCCUGUGGACCAUCAGCAAUAGUGCCGGAGGCCCCACUGGGCCAGGCCCGGAGGUGCAUGCCAGCGCCCCAGGAGCAUUUCUCCUCGGAAACCCAGCUGUGACUUCACCCCCCUCUGUGCUCUCCACCCAAGCACCCACUUCGGCUGGUGUGGAGGUUCUGGGGGAGCCCUCGCUAACCAGCAUUGCUGUGUCCACCUGGACAGCAGUGGCCUCGCAUCCCUUCGUGGGCUGGGGUGGCCCAGGAGCGGGUGGGCACCAUUCUCCUUCCUCAUUGGAUGGUUAAGCAGGAUCCUAGGAGCCUCUAUCCACAGAGAUCCUUCUAUGUGUAGAGCGCUUAGAAACCCCAUCUACUGAUCUAGUGAGUCAGACUGUGGAAUCUCCCUUCCCACUAGCUGGAGGCGGAGGUGAGUUAUUACAGAAGUCAUACUGGGAAAGGGUUCAGUUUGGAUGAUGCUAGUUACGUCAGUUGCAUCUCUCCACCAUUUUCUUCUGCACUCCCAUUUUCUCUGCAGCUUAUUCUUGCCAUGCUUAGGUGACAGAAGUUUGUGAAGUACCGUCCUUGUGCUCUGCCCCUUACUCUCAAAUCGUUCUGGAAAGCCUCACUUCCUUUUCUGUGGAGAAGGUGCAAAGCUGUUAAAUGAGCCCACAGUUUACCUAGCUAAGGCCACUGCUUCCUGCUUUGUGCAGCCUGGAAAGUACGUGUGGUUACGGGGCUCAGGUUUGCACUUCUGCUUUGAGACCAGGCAUGAGUGUAAGCCAUAGAGUAAAGUUAACAAAAAGAAUAAAGCUAAUCAUGUAUUACUCACA